CUGAAACGUGGUGCGGUCAGCAUCAAAUUACUGUGCGUGCGUGAUCUUGAGCAUUCGCAGGACAAGAUAGUGCAGUUCGAUUGCGAGCAAUACGAAUGCUGUAAACACGGCACCUCAUUGCGGCGGAACGAAGGGUCAAGGCGCAUCCAACAGCAGCCCGUUGCCGAAACCAGCAAGCGAAGCUCCAGAGAAUCAAAUAUUAAGUUGUAUAUGAAUGCUUUACCCAGCAACUCUCAGAUCUGUUGUACAAAAUUCGAAGUAGAAAACAUACCGAUGGCUCAGGAAGGGCGCAUAACAAAGGUAGACCAUUCGUUGCCCACUGCUGUGCCGCUGAGUGAAUCUACAGAGGGUGGUAAUGAUCAGAGAGACGAUGUUGAAAUAAUAUCUAAUGGUACAGCAGGCCCACUACAGGCACUUGCUUCGCAAAAACUAGUAACUUUUACCAAUUCGCACAAUAAUGCACCGGAAAAUGAAUCUGUGUUAAGAGUGGAGCAGCUUUUGUUGCAAACUAACCGGAAACUUGACUUGCUGCUCAAGAAAACGAACCGUUUGCAGCGUAGGGUAACGGAAAUUGAAAAAAACAUGAAUUUUUUGGAGAAACACAAAAAAGACAGAAAAGAAAACCCGAUACAACUACCGGGAAACAGCAAGAAUACGUUAGGAAUACAGGAUAGUUUAGAACUCCCAUUUUCGCCGGUGUCAUGCUUAUUCGAGAUGGAAAAAUUGGAAGAAUUGGCUAAGGAUAUGCACUUCGUUAACUAUGUGAAAAUGCAGAUAAAUCGUAUUGUUGGCUUAAACGUACAGGAGGGGGAAGGAAUCUCCUAUUGUUGGCGAAUAAUCGACUAUUUUUUUACUAGAUUUUUUAUGACUCAAUGCACAUGGUCGGGACGAGCUGGUCGAAUCAAAGAACCAUCUAAAAGUGUUGAAAAGAAAAUCCGUUUCAAGGACUUCAAUUAUGUCAUUAAUAUGUUUUACGUGACAGCGAAUUAUGCUGAUCCUUUGUUUUCUAAAGAAAAAUCCGAAGGAGUUCUCAAAAGAGCGAUUAAAAAUGCGAUAGUACGGUUGAAAGUACGGCCUCAACAGACGACCUCAACUAUUCCAGAUGGUGCGAUAGUAAUACCAACUGAGGAAUUGCUACCAAAUAUGAACACGAUUGAUUGCGUUGAAUCGCCUGAGACGAUGGAGUUUGAUCCUUUGGAGAUAAAAUCAGAGCCAGAAUCUUAAUAUAAAAUAACUGUCGAAGUGCUAUUCUGUUUGAAUAUUAAAAGGUAUCGUACAAGUGAAAAUGCUAGCGAUAUUGCAGUUAUGAAACACAUCUUGAACUACGAUAAAUUAAAGAAAUCCUGGCACCUAUGGAAAGUAAAAGACUAAAAAUAGCGUAUGGUUUCGUCCUCUCGUAUUGUUAUUUCGCCUGGUUAUUUCAAUGAUAUUUUUAAAGGUGGGUAGUUC